AUGGAAGAACCCAAGAAGCCAUGGGUUGACGGCCCCUUUAAGCUCAUCAGCGCGUCAAGAGCAGGUGACUCGCUCGAGAAGCGUGCUGAAGGUGCUCGAAAAUGCGCUGCAGGCAUGGCUGUCGUCCAUAACCUAUUCCUGCGCGGCGUCAACGCCAUCUACCUCCAGGCAAUCAAUGUCGCCGAAAGCGGAACGCAAAAAGACAAGGUGGACUUUGCAAGCUUCGCAUGGGCAUGGAGCCAAGAAAUCCAAGAACAUCACCAUAUUGAAGAAGAAAAGAUCUUUCCAGAAAUUAACAAAAUCACCGGCGUACCGGGCCUAAUGGACGCCAACGUCGACGAACACCGCUUAUUCCACGAGGGUCUGCAUCGCUUCACAACCUACAUCGAGAAAAUCCGCAAAGACGAGGAGCAACUCAACGGCUCCAAGGUCAGAGAAAUCAUCGACUCAUUCAUGCCCUCCCUCACAACACAUCUGCACAACGAAAUAGACACCCUUGUCGGGCUCGAGAGGUACGCCGACAAGUGCGACUGGGGAGCGUGGUUCGAGAAGACAGGGGCCGAGAUAGGCUCUAACGCCAUGAAGAAAGCGUCUCAUCGUAACGAGAUUCUGCCGCUGGCCUUGAUUCUUCACGAUAAGGAGUUCGAGGGCGGUAUCUGGGCGGAUUUUCCUCCUCUUCCUUGGAUUGCACUCGUUGCUAUUCGAUGGCUAUUUGUUCGUACGCAUCAGGAUUGGUGGCGGUUCGCGGGGUGUGAUUCUUCGUCUAAUCGACAGGAUUUGCCAUUUGCUUGA